CUACUAUCUCUCCUGCAUCGCAGUGACCAUCUCUCGAUACAGCGAUCAACGAACCCAGGACGCGUAUUCAAAAGCCGCGCGCGGCAUUGUAAUAAUAAACAGCGUAAGUAAAGUAUAGAGAGAAAAUUCUGGGCCGAAUACGUAAUCGAGGAGAUCUCGAGCGACGCCGUCACUGGGGCAGGCACAUUCGGCAUUAGACGAGGUGAAGCGCAGGUGAAGUAGCUUCUGUUUACCUGUUGCGUGGCGUCGGGCGUGCACAGUCGGCGUCAAGAUGAGCGGCAACGAGGAUAAGUACGGGGAAAAAAUUGCAUACGAUCCACUAUGGAAGGGUCCAAUGGAAACCAUCAGAUCUCCCACGGAUCGGAUUUGGCUGAUCACAUUCGUAGUGUACUUACUUAUUUUCUUCUCUAUUGGAAUAUUUAGUUUCAGUGCUGGAAGUCUUAAUAGAUAUAUUGUUCCAACGGAUAGUCACAAUAGAGCAUGUGGGGUUGAUGCAGAUGUGAUUAACAAACCCUACCUCUUUAUUUUAAAUCCAAAGGAAUGUCUUAAUGCUUUGCUUGAAGAUUGUCACUCUCCUAAAAUUUGUGUACCUAAAUGUCCAACUGAAAAUUUUAUCCUCGAUCCGUCUUUAUCCAUUGAGCAAGUUAAAGCAAAGUUAAUUUGUGACAGCGAUGUCAAUACUACUCUCAUCAAAACUUUUGAUCAAGUUGACCAACUUGUUGCUCUUGAAAGGUGUGCCAAAUGGUACUUGGAAAGUGACCAUCUAUAUAAAUACUGUUUGCCGACCAAGGUGUGGGAAGGACAUCAAAAAGAAACUCUCAAUGCUCAACAAUUAAACCAAACUAGAAUAAUGAUCGAAGCUCUUAAAUCUGUUUGGGCUGAAUUUCGUGAAAAUACCAGCAUUGCAAUAAAACCAGCGAUUAUUGCUAUAAUAUGCGGUACAGCCAUUACUGUGCUCUUUGUUGUUUUAUUGAAACGAUUUGCUGUGCAAUUUUUUUAUUCUUCAAUUGGAAUAUUUAUAGUGGCUUUGGGAGCUUGCGUUUACUGGUUCAGUACAAAAUACGCCCAAAAACAAGGACAAACUGAACUUUUCUUUCUUAUUUUUUUUGUUUUAAUGAUAGUUGGCAUAAUAAUAGCAGUCAUAUAUUUCCGAAAAAAAAUUUAUUUAGCUUGUCUACUAAUCAAGGAAUCCAGCAGGGCCGUGCUGCACAUGUCAACAACAUUGGUUUUUCCAAUACUUCCAAUUUUAUUGUAUACUCUAGUUAUAGUAUACUGCACUUUAGUAUGCCUUAGUGCACAGUCCAUAGUAAAAUCAGACUACAGAAUUGAUGUUCCAUAUUUGAAUAAACAGUUGGAGAAUUGCGUGUGUGAAGCUGAUAGUUUCAAGCUCAUUGCUAACGAACCAUGUGAUCCAAUUAAAUUUAACAACAAAUGCAAAACUUCAAAUGGAGAUCCUUGUUUGUUUACGCAAUGUCGGUUGGAUAACAAAACUAGUCCUGGUUAUGUAUAUGCUCUCCAAGCAGUAAAUGGUCUUGGUUUUUAUUGGCUCAUGUUCUUCAUAUCUGGCUUUGAAUACAUGGUUCUUGGUGGAACAUUUGCAUCUUGGUAUUGGACACUCAACAAAAAUAAUGUUGGAAAUUAUGCACUGAUUGAAAGUACAUCAAAGACUCUAAGAUACCAUUUAGGAACUGUAGCAAUUGGUUCUCUUAUUUUGACAAUCCUACAAAUCAUUCGGCGUUUUCUUGAAUCUUUAAAAAAGAAAGCAGACAAAUCGGAAAAUGGAGUUGCACAAGUUGCAAUGCUUUGCUUGCAAUGUUUGUUUGCCAUACUGGAAUCGUUCUUGAAUUUCUUAAGUUACAAUGCCUACAUCAUGUGUGCUAUUCAUGGGAAAAGCUUUUUCAAAUCCGCAAAGAUGGCUUUUAACUUGAUUAUGAGGAACAUUAUUAAAAUUGUGGUAGUUGAUAAUGUGGCGUCUCUGCUAUUUUUCAUCGCCGAAGUUCUGAUUACACUUUUAGCAACAGGUGGUCUUUACAUGUUCUAUCAUAAUGCUGAAUCAACUGAACAAGGGCCUAUGGUGCUGGCUCUUGUUAUCACUGCUGUUGGCACCUUGAUAAUUGCUACAGUCAUGUUUAAAGUACAAACCAUAGCAGUAAAGACAAUAUUCCUGUGCUUUGUCGAAGACACUGAACGCAAUGAUGGUUCAGAAGAGAGGCCUUAUUACAUGAGUAAUAAAUUGAAAAAAUUACUUCAAAAUGAAUGAGAAAUGACGUUGCGAUCUUUAAAUAAAAUCGUAAUUUGAUAUUCUUAUGCAAAUCAAUUUUAUAAGAAAUGAAAAGUAGUAAGUUGAAUUUUAAAUUUUACAAGUUGAACAUUUUAUACAGUUUUAUAGUUACGUUUUUUUUUCUUCAUAUUAUUACACUAUUACAAAAGAUAUAGUAAACACAUUGCUAAGACUGCGCUUACCAGCAAAUUAAUGAUAUUCAGAGACAUUGUGACUAUUGUACAAAAAGCUUUAUGUGGUGAUAAAAUUUAUGUUUUUUCAGUGAUACAAUUAAUGUAAAAUCUAUACAUUUUCAUGUCAUUAACUCUGAAAUAUUUGAGCACAAAGAUAUGUACAAAUGGCCUGUACAACUACAAAUGGCCUUCCAGUAUGAUUUUACAACUUUCUCAAUAGUUUCUCUUCUGCAAAAGAAUGUUAUACAAAUAUAUCUCAAUUUAAAAUAAUAUAUAUGUAUAUUCUCUAAAAGUUGAAAUUUUCAUGACAUUUUAUUGUAAGUUUUAUGUAUAACAAUAUAUCUAAGUAAUAGCUAUGUAUUUUUAUAAGCAGCAUAUGUGUUGUAUGUUUUGCGAAUGUGAAACGCUAAAUAUGCAAACGUGCGUGUGUGUGUAUAUAUAUAUAAUUGUGUACCACGGACUAUCUAUUUUUAUCAAGAAUAAAAUCGCUUAAAUUGA